AGGAUGGAAUCCCACCUAAGAAUCAACAAUGCUGCAGACAUCUCUGUUAUUAUCGCCUAUUUUUUGAUAGUCCUGUUGGUGGGACUAUGGGCUAUGUACUCGACCAACCGAGGGACAGUGGGAGGCUUCUUCCUGGCUGGCCGAAGCAUGGUUUGGUGGCCGAUUGGUGCUUCUCUGUUUGCCAGUAACAUUGGCAGUGGGCACUUUGUGGGCAUAGCAGGAACAGCAGCGGCUGGAGGAAUCGCCAUUGGAGGGUUCGAAUGGAACGCUCUGAUAUUCGUGGCUGUCUUGGGCUGGGUGUUUGUACCCAUCUAUAUCAAAGCUGGGGUGGUGACAAUGCCAGAGUAUCUGAGGAAGCGUUUUGGUGGGAAGAGGAUUCAGGUCUACCUGUCAGUCCUGUCUAUUUUGCUGUACAUUUUCACAAAGAUCUCAGCAGACAUCUUCUCUGGGGCUGUAUUUAUACAGCUGGCCAUAGGGCUGAAUCUUUAUGUGGCCAUAAUUAUCCUGCUUGCUAUUACUGCUCUUUACACUGUCACAGGUGGCCUUGCAGCUGUGAUUUACACAGACACCUUGCAAACAUUCAUCAUGAUAGUAGGAUCCUUUAUUCUCAUGGGAUUUGCCUUUGCUGAAGUAGGAGGGUAUGAAGCUUUCAUGCAGAAGUACAUGGAGGCAAUUCCAUCCAACAUCUCCUAUGGGAACACCACAAUCAGCUCGGAGUGCUACACCCCUCGGGAGGAUGCCUUCCACAUGUUCCGGGACCCCAUCAAUGGGGAUCUGCCAUGGCCAGGGCUCAUCUUUGGUAUGAGCAUCCUUGCUGUGUGGUACUGGUGCACAGACCAGGUUAUUGUCCAGAGAUGUCUGUCUGGCAAGAACAUGUCCCAUGUGAAGGCUGGUUGUAUCCUGUGUGGAUACCUGAAACUCCUGCCCAUGUUUAUUAUAGUGAUGCCUGGAAUGAUCAGCAGGAUUCUGUACACAGAUGUGGUGGCUUGUGCUGUGCCUGAAGUCUGCCAGGAGCAGUGUGGCACUGCAGUUGGCUGUACAAAUAUUGCUUACCCAAAAAUGGUAGUGGAGCUUAUGCCAAAUGGUCUGCGGGGUCUGAUGCUGUCAGUCAUGCUGGCUUCCCUCAUGAGCUCCCUGACCUCCGUUUUUAACAGUGCCAGCACUUUGUUUGCUAUGGACAUCUACACCAAGAUUCGAUCACGACCGUCUGAGAAAGAGCUGAUGUUGGUUGGCAGGGCAUUUAUGGUACUUUUAAUUGGCAUCAGCAUUGCCUGGGUUCCUGUGGUGCAGUCAGCUCAAAGCGGGCAGCUCUUCGAUUACAUCCAGUCAGUUUCAAGCUACCUGGGACCUCCCAUUGCUGCUGUCUUCCUGCUUGGUAUCUUCUGUAAGAGGGUCAAUGAGCAGGGUGCCUUCUGGGGCCUGAUAGUUGGGCUGCUGUGUGGACUCAGUAGAAUGAUUGCAGAGUUUGCCUAUGGGACUGGCAGUUGUGUGACCCCUUCUGAGUGCCCCUUUGUCAUCUGUGGGAUUCACUACCUUUACUUUGCACUGAUUCUUUUUUGGGUCUCUGCCAUCGUCAUCCUGGCAGUCUCUUUCAUGACUAAGCCCAUUCCUGAUGUACAUCUCUAUCGCCUGUGCUGGUCUCUGCGGAACAGCCAGGAGGAACGCAUUGACCUCGACAAAGAGGAGGAGCCAGAGCCAGCUGAUGAGAAGGAUGAGGAAUCAGUUAACAAGGAAAGUGAGGAGAAAGCAGGCUGCUGUAGGAGAGCCUACAACUGGUUCUGUGGCUUGGAGCAGAAAGGACCCAAACUGAGCAAGGAGGAAGAGGAAGCACUGAAGAAGAAACUGACUGACACAAGCGAAGCGCCACUUUGGAGGAAUGUGGUGAACAUCAAUGGCAUCAUCCUGCUGACCGUGGCUGUGUUCUGCCAUGCUUACUUUGCAUAA